AGCAGUUUCUGUAUAUUCAUCCGCCUUCGUAACGACCGCCAUUUUGACAAGGGUUGGUUUUAUUCGUGUAUUCUAUCCGCCAUCAUCAAAGAUUUACCAGCCCAAAGUCGGUAAAAAAAAUAAGGAACAACAUCAAACGUAUCCAAAGUUAUGGCGGAUGCAGACAAAUUAAAUAUAGACAGCAUAAUUGCACGACUUUUAGAAGUUCGAGGCUCCAGAUCUGGCAAAAAUGUUCAGCUGACAGAAAAUGAAAUCAGGGGCCUUUGCUUGAAAUCCAGAGAAAUAUUUCUCAGCCAACCAAUUCUGUUGGAGCUAGAAGCUCCAAUAAAGAUCUGUGGUGACAUUCAUGGCCAGUAUUAUGAUCUCCUACGUUUGUUUGAAUAUGGUGGUUUCCCACCAGAGAGCAACUACUUAUUCUUGGGAGACUAUGUAGACAGAGGCAAACAGUCACUAGAGACGAUAUGUUUGCUCUUAGCUUAUAAAAUCAAGUAUCCAGAGAAUUUCUUUCUCUUACGAGGGAACCAUGAGUGUGCAAGCAUUAACAGAAUAUAUGGUUUUUAUGAUGAAUGUAAAAGGCGGUACAAUAUUAAGUUGUGGAAAACAUUUACAGACUGCUUCAAUUGUCUGCCCAUUGCUGCAAUCAUUGAUGAGAAAAUAUUCUGCUGCCAUGGUGGUUUAAGUCCAGAUCUGCAAUCCAUGGAACAGAUCCGCCGUAUCAUGCGGCCCACAGAUGUGCCAGACCAGGGCUUGCUGUGUGAUCUGCUCUGGUCAGACCCAGACAAGGAGACAAUGGGCUGGGGAGAGAACGACAGAGGAGUUUCCUUCACAUUUGGAGCAGAAGUGGUUGCCAAAUUUCUUCACAAACAUGAUUUGGAUUUGAUAUGUAGGGCGCAUCAGGUUGUGGAAGAUGGAUAUGAAUUCUUUGCAAAGAGGCAGCUAGUCACAUUAUUUUCUGCCCCAAACUAUUGCGGGGAAUUCGAUAACGCUGGUGCUAUGAUGAGUGUGGAUGAGACACUUAUGUGUUCGUUUCAGAUUCUAAAGCCUGCUGAUAAGAAGAAAUUUACCUAUGGAGGACUUAAUGCUGGGCGUCCUGUCACCCCUCCUAGGAACCAAGGAAAGAAGAAAUGAUAGGUUGUUUUGGCAGUGAUUGCAGUUGCAGUGACAAUUUUCUAGACAGAUAUAUUUAUCCAAUUCAUCCAUCAUAACACAGUCAUUAGCAGACGAAGAGAACAGUGUUGUCUAUUUCUCCUGUGCUAUAGAGGACGUCAUGCCACAAUUACAAGAAGAUAUAAAAACUUGACGAUAUAUUAAACAAUUAAAACACUUAAGGCUUAACAAAAAAAGAAAAAACACAAGAAACAUGUUGUUGUACAAAGUAGCAUAUUACUGUAUUCUAUGUAAAUUAAAAAUACAAACUGUCCAUCUAAAAUUAGUCACAAGGGGUACAGGAUGUGGUUCAUAAUAAUAGCCGGCCUCCAUGGAAACGGUCCAGUCUGAGGUGGCUCAAAGCCAAUCGAAACAUCAAAUGUUGCAGUGACAAUACAAAAAGAUGGCUAGAUUAUUAUUCAUCAUCUGUUGCCAUUGACACGAGCAUUGCAAAGUAUGUGUAGUAUAGUGGGUAUGUUUCAUUAGUGAUGUAAAUUUCGGUAAUGCUCUGUGGCAUUUGCAACAGACCAGUGAUUUUAUUGCAAUUCAGAAUCUGCCAUUGAUUGUUCAAAGAUACUUGGCAUAUUCCACAUCUUUGUAGCCAAAUCCAAACCACAUUGCCUAUGUAUAUAUAUAUAAAUAAAUAUAACAAACCAAAUAUGAAUGCUAAAGAGAAAUGGGGUUGUGCUAAGACGUUAAGUUGAUGUCUGCUCAGUACAAUACUCUCCUUUGAGUAACCAGUACCAAAUGUUUUUAGUGCUGGCAAGACUUCAUCUUUGUGUUGGAGGAAUAUUUAUCACAUUCUAAUACUUAAAAGAAUUAUGACAAGAACUAGACCAGUGUUAAUCACCCAGGGAACUUUCUGUAAAUGUGCUGUAAAGGUUCUUAAAAUGCUUAUUAUCUAAACUUGGUGCACUCAUAUGGGCACACCAUGUUGAGAAUUUUAAUUUUGUGCACAGCUGUGGAAAUGGUCUAAUUGAAAGCAUUAAACUAGGGAGUCACAUGGAGAGAUUUGUUUUAAAAUGGGUAUCAAAAAAGUAACAUUUAUCCACAUAAGAUACUCGGGAUCUUUGCGAGUUUCUCUGUUGAUUCUCAUACAUUGUGCAGCAAGGUUCUGCUGAAAAUUCAUAGCCUGUGCAUUUCAUAAAAGCAAGUCCAAAUAUUUUUGUCUUCUACUUGGUUGAUUUAUACAAACUGUUCAUGAGGUCAUUCUGUUAAAUGUAGGUGAACUCUCAAGAAACCUUAUCUUUGUGAAGUCAUUCUGCACAUAGUUAAUAUGGUGACACUUGGUGUCUCUGAUACUCAAGUGGCAAUCUCUUUAUAAUGAUAAUAAUAAUAAUAAUAAUAUGCAGUGCUACUUUUGAUAGAUCGGUUUCUUCAGAUGGUCUCAUCUUAGUCCAGGUUUCAUGUGUACCCUCAGGUGAUAAGUUUUAUAAAUCUGUGAAGUAGGAAGCACUGAAUUUCAUCAGUUUCAUUAAUUUGUAUUUAUGACAAUAAGUUGACUCUGAAGUGUAAAACAAUAAUUGAAUAAAGAGUAUGAAUUUUUUA